AUGGCAUCAACAAUAAGCCCAGAGGCGGCACAGUGGAAGGAAGAGACUUAUUCUCUCUUCUUCUACGGGACACUGCUUCACCCUGCCGUCCUUAAACGAGUCAUCGGCCAUGGUGGAGAUACACUUCAUCACAGACCCGCUAUUCUCCUGAACUAUACGAGGCAUCACGUCAAGGGGGACACCUACCCCGCGAUGCUCCCCUGGGAUAAGGCUAGAGAGCUAUUUCUCUUCAGCGGACAAGAUCCAUCGAAGGAACCAACUCCCGAACAGCGAAGUGUCCGCGGGAGCCUAGUCAGCGGUUUCUCCAAACUCGACGUAGAACUGCUAGAUGUCUUUGAGGGCGAUGAAUACGAAAGAUGCCUCGUAUCAGUUGUUCCUCUUGGAACAUCGCGACUCUUAAACGAAGCUGCCUCCGAUGCAGGAGUCAUGUUCGAAUCCAUGGACAUCACCUCGGAUGAUCAGCCACAAACUAUCAAGGCUCAUACAUAUAUAUGGAACAAGCCACCAGCGGGCACGCUGGAGCCAGAGAUCUGGUCAUACGAGACAUUUGUGCGUGAAAAUUUGCAUCAUUGGAUCGGAGCCGAAGGCAAAUCCACCGACGUUGACCGAACGGCGUAUCUCGAGGUCGAUCAAUGGCGGGAACAGAAUAAGAAAAGCGAGAUUGAGCGUCGAAGGGAGCGGAAUAUGUCCGCAAUGGAACAGCGUAAUACCAUUUCUGCGGAGCCUGAAGUGGCAAUAGCACGAGCAUUAGGGGCUCCCGUCGGGUAUGCUCCAUCCACUGUACCUGAGGCUGAACCCGAGUACAACUUUGGACAUGGCAUGUUGCCAUACUUCUGCUUUGAAAAAGGGUACAUCAACCUAAAUAACGGCGCGAAGAUUCAAGACACCAUCGAGAGUCGGCCAGACCACUUUAUGCGCAUUGAAUUGGAACCUGCUAUGGAUAAUGUUCGAAAUCGUCUCGCAAAGGUGAUCAACGCGCGGGAUGUCGACGAGGUCGUACUAGUCCCAAAUACAACCCAUGGUGUCAACGUUGUGUUGAACAAUCUUCGGGAUACAUGGACAAAGGACGAUGCUCUCAUUGGAUUCACGACCACGUACGGAGCAGUGGCAGCCACACUGCGUCGCUACACAGAUGCGACACCUCAUCCGGCUCUCCACACCAUCAAUCUCACGUUCCCCACGACUCCAGACAAAAUCGUCAAGUCGUUCAAAGAGUUUGUGCAAGCUACGUUCCCUGGCAGAUCAUUGGACGGAAAUUCCACGCAGCAAGUAGUCGCAAUCAUAGACGGAAUUAUCAGCGUUCCUGGUGUCCGUCUUCCGUGGGAGGAGCUUGUCAAGAUUUGUCGCGAGUAUGGAAUUAUCAGUAUUGUGGAUGCUGCCCAUGUCAUUGGGCAGAAUUGCCACAAGUGGCUUUAUGCUCAUCGUGCCUGCGCCAUUUUGUAUGCACCACAGAGAAACCACCACAAGCUGCGUUGUACAUUCCCUGUCUCCUGGGGAUACAAAUCUCCUCCAGAAGAAUUCAGCUUGGCAGAACUAUACCAAUGGACCGGCACAGCAGACUUUACCCCUUAUCUUUCCAUCAAUGCAGCGUUGGACUUUCGAGAGCGAAUUGGAGGUGAAGAGCGUAUUCAAUCCUAUUGCCAUGACCUCGCUUGCAAAGGAGGCGCGAGAAUGGCAGAGAUCCUCGGGACAGAGUUGCUCGACAAGGAUCAUUUGCUCACGGCAUGCAUGGUCAACGUGCGCCUGCCCUUCACAAAGGAAGAGGCUGCUGGUUUACCGACAGCAAUUGUCCACGAUAUGAUGCAGCGACUUUUGAAAGACUGGCAUUGCGCUGCUUCGGUUUAUGGCCAUGGUGGAUAUCUGUGGGUGAGAGGGAGUGCCCAGAUUUGGCUCGAGGUCUCAGACUUUGAGUACACGGCAAUGGCUCUCAAGUCUAUUUGUGAUGAUUUGCGACACACCACAAAUCAAAAGGUCCAGCUGGAUGCCAAGGCAGUGGAGCAGGGAACGGCAGCACCCCCUGCGGAAUAA